UCUCAUUCAUGGCCAAGAAUCAGAAGAAGGCUCAUCAUCAUAUGUCUUUGUAUCCUCUGUCUUCAUUUAAUGUGAACCCUUUCCCUUGUGGAAUCUUCUCUCUCUCUCUCUCUCCUCUCUCUCUCUCUCUCUCUCUCUCUCUUAUCCUCACUGCAUUGCACACACUACUCUGAGUUGCUAUGUCAGUCUCAUGUGCUCUAUCCCCAACUCAACUUUCAUCCGCCCUUUUUUAUAUAUUUCACUCUCUGCAUUAGUUUAUUAUACUUCUCUCUCUCUCUCUCACACACACAGGCACACUCACUACACUACACUACACUACUAGUUGUAUUGCUGUACCAGUGUCAAGAACUGUCCUUUACCAGUUUACCCCACAUUUGUUAUGUUCUAGUAUGCAAAGAGAAAUGAGCUGCUUGCUAAAACUAUUUAUCAGUUGAGGAAUUUCAGCAAACAUGUUAGAAGUACUUGGAAGCUGUACAGACACUGUUUUCAUGCAAAUGUUAUGGUAGUAUGAGAUAGAGAGUGUUGAUACAGCUUUUUGAACCUGUUUGGUGAGAUGGGCUUGAAGGUUUUCACAUUCUUGUUUAUGCAAUGUUGGGUUCUUCUGGUUUUGAGUUUGGGAGUUCAGUCUGAUGGUUCUGAGGUAGCCUUGGAAUUGCUGAGGACCCCUCAUGCAUUCUCCAACAGGAAUUUUGCCAAUUUUGGUUUCCAAGUUCUGGUGGGUGGCAAUGGCAGCAUUUGCACUGAUUGCUCCACCAAUUGCAAGCUGGAUCAUGGCAUGUUUUCAAUUUGUGAAGGUGGAAAGAUUUCCUACACAAGACUUACGGAUGGGAAUCAUUCGUUCGAGGUGUGCACCAAUGGGUCUCGUGGAGCUGCCUGCUCUAGCUAUAACUGGACCAUCGACACAGUUAAGCCCACCGCGUACAUCACAGCUGCGACAUCAUUUACAAGUGCUUCUCAGGUUUCAGUGAACAUAUCUUUCAGUGAACCCUGUGUUGGUGGAGGUGGUUUCAGAUGCCCUUCUGUAAAUGCCUGCAACCUUCUUGUAUAUGGUGCUGGCGAGGUCAUGCCAAAUACGCUUACCAUUGUCCAGCCAAACUUGGAAUACUCGCUUAUUGUCAGUGUCUCUGAAAGAGUUCGAUAUGGACGUUUGAUCUUGGUAAUGGAUAAAAAUUUCUGUACAGACACUGCAGGAAACCAAUUUACAAGGACAGAAAAUUCAAGUUCAUUCAUACAUUUUGACAGAAGAAGUGUAUUUGUGAAUUUGAGGACUCAUAUACCUGAAAGGAUACUUCAAAUAAACAGUGAUGCUAGGACUGUAUUGGCAACUAACAAGAAUAAGAACUUAAAGGUAUACUUGUAUUUCACGGAACCAGUCAUGAACACAUCUGCCGAAAUAUUGAAUUCCCUCAACACCAAUCAAGGGUCACUCCUCCCUAUAAGAGGAAGUAGCUUUGGACAACGUAGAUUCGGCUAUCAGCUUACAAAUGUAUCAGAGUUGGCCAUUGUCACAGUGAGUUUACAAUCAAACUUGGUAAUCAGCAGACAGGGGACUCCCGUUGCUCCUGUAUCUCCAGUCACUUUCCUCUAUGAUUCUCAGAGACCUACUGUCCGACUGAGCACCACAUGCAACAUGCGGACUAAAGAGAAGAGUAUUGUUAUACUGAUCAAAUUCAUGAAGCCUGUAUUUGGAUUUAACUCGUCCCACAUAUUGAUUUCUGGGGGAAAUUUGCAAAGCUUCCAUGAGAUGAGCAGACAGAGCUAUGCUGUCCGUAUACAAGCAGAUAACGAAGUUAUAUCCGUCAGUGUUCCUGAAAACAUAACUACUGAUGUUUCUGGAAAUAGAAAUCGAGCUUCCAAUACUCUAAAAGUGAUGCACUAUUCUGUACCUGUUGAAUCUUUGGUGAUUUCAUACUUUGCAACUGCUGCUUUUGCUGUGACGGCUUUGGUUGCUGGAUUUCUGACCGUUUCAACCACAAGUCUGCUAUCUGCUGGAGCAUUCUCUAGACCAAGUUCUAUCUUAUGCUCUGAUCCCACAAGAAAUCUUUUUAGAAUCGCUUCCCACAUUCAAAUAUUUGCACUAUCAAGAUGGUUGGCGGUCACCUUACCAGUUGAAUACUAUGAACUUGCAAGAGGCUUACAAUGGAGUAUACCCUACUUCAAUCUGCCAUGGGAGAAAGGAAACAUCCGUUCAGUCAUGGUGGGGUCAAAUUCUCCGAAGGAUCGACUAGUUCGCAUUUCUGAGGCUCAUGACUCGAUAUUUCUCGAGGGUCUUCAACCAGACACUGGAAAUUCGGAUUCAGCAGCAAAGGUUUUUGGGCUGCCUCUGACUCCUAUGGAGUACAGAUCAUAUUUUGAGAGCCAGACUAUCAUGCCGCAAGCUGAGUAUAUUUUAGACCCACAAAACUCACAUGGGUGGAGAGAUUUCAGUAGAAGCAUGUUCUGGUUAGCUGCAAUUGGUGGGAGUUUGAUACUGCUGCAUGCUUUACUGCUUAUGAUUCUUAAAUUCAGAAAGCAGAACAAGGAAAAACAAAGCUACGGCGCACUUAUUUUUCCAAGAUUUGAGAUCUUUCUUCUAAUACUUGCACUGCCUUGCUUCUGUGAAGCCUCGGCAGCUCUGAUUCAAGGAGGAACGUCCUCUGGAAUGAUCGUUGGCGUUCUCAUUCUAAGUUUAGUGGCUUUUCUGCUGCUAUGUUUGCUGUUAUUUCUCUCCUUUGGAAUUACAUUCGGAAAGCUACUUCAAUACAAGGAGGUGCACCAAGAGGGUCAGAAAUUUCACUGGUAUCAAGAGCUUAUUCGAGUUACUCUAGGUCCCGGAAAAAGAGGCCAAUGGACAUGGAAAAACCAGCAUCGUUCAUUUUAUUUAACCAUUUUAGGACCUUUGUUUGAGGAUCUGAGAGGACCCCCUAAGUACAUGCUGUCCCAGAUAUCCGGAGGCAGCUUCAGCAAACCGGGCGGUAGCAUCAUUGCCUCAGACGAUGAAACAGAAGAUGCAGAAGCGCCGUUCAUCCAAAAGCUGUUUGGAAUUCUAAGAAUAUACUAUACGUUGAUUGAGUCCGUGAAACGUAUAGCUCUUGGGAUUGUAGCUGGCGCCUACUCGGGAACGUGGUCCUCAAGAACCCCCACGGUCACCUUGCUCUGCAUAACCUCAUUUCAGCUCUUCUUCAUGGUUCUAAAGAAGCCUUUCAUAAAGAAAAAAGUCCAACUGGUCGAGAUCAUCUCAGUUUCCUGCCAAGUCGCCAUUUUUGCCUUCUGUCUCGUUCUCCUGGAGCGAGAAUUUCCAGUUGAGGACGAGAGGAAAAUCGGGAUCUCAAUGGUUUCAAUCUUCUUGUUAGCAUUCCUAGCCCAAAUGAUGAAUGAAUGGUAUGCACUCUACAAACAGAUAAAGCAGCUGGAUCCCAUCACCAACUCAUUCUUGCGCGGUCUAGAAACAGCCUCAAUCGGAUUCAUCUUGUUCCUCUUUCCACAUACCUUGAUCAAGAGCUUGAAAAGCAGGUUCCCAAUAAACAACUCUGGUGAAACAGAUACAACAUCUGCUGACAGGAUCAGGAGCUCCGGCAGCAGAAGCUCAGGCGAAAAGCCAUGGCUGAGGCACAUAAGAGAACUAGCAAGAUCUAGCUUUAGUAAAGAAGGAAACAAGAACAGCCCAAGUGAUCCUUCCACAAGUAAAACCAGAUGGAGUGGAUUUUGGAAGAGUAAGAGAAGUGGGAGCUCGUCGGCAUCCACCUCGACGGACUUUAAGUCGAAACCGAGGUUGUACAAAGAGUUAGAAGACAUUUUUGCAUCAAAGUGAGAUGUUUCAGUUAUUGAGAUCCUCAUGGGAGUUUGCCAGCCUUCUACAUGAGCAUGAAUGAUGAAGAUAAUCAACAGGCAAUGGCAACCUUCUUUUGUUCAUGUAUAUGUCAUAUUAAGUCAAUGGAGAGCCUAAGAUCUUUUAUUUCAUUA